UGUAAAGGCAAUUUGGUGCUUUGGUUGGGCUUAAAAGAGCUAAGUUAUGUAGACAUUACUUGACAAAUCUAAACAAGGUUACAGAAACUCAGUAGCUCCAGAAGGACAAAUAACAGGAAAAAUCAGUGGAAAACAAAUCCCCCGGUGCCAUGUUACUUCCUUCCACAGGAAAGACUAAGAAGUUCUAUGGUAAGAUAACUUGCUUCACUUCUCCAGACCCUAUUGGGUGUCCCGGCUGUUUGAUGGACCCUUUGCUGUGAGUUGCUAGCACAAGUUUACUCUCCUUGCUUCUGUGCUUUCUUUCAGUCUGUAGAAGAAGAGGAAAAAAAUGGAGUACAGAAAAAGAGUGCUUCUUGCUACAAUAUUUUUUUUCACAGCUGUCUGCUACAAAGUGACCGCACAGGAAACAAGGCUACUGGAUUUUCUAAAUAGCACAGAUGUUGUAGAUGACCAGUACAAAGGAUGCCGUGAAGAGGCCAUGAAGACGUUCAUCGAGUCAGAUGUGUUAAAACGAGAGCUAAAUAACAGUGAAGGAUUUCAGAAAGCGUGGAAUAAAAGUAACGAGUGUUCAAAGCAGAUCCCUCAAGGACGAAAAGAGCAUAGUGCUGCACUUUCAGUCUAUCUUAAAGCGGAUAAAUCAUUCAUACAAACACUGAACAAAGCAAUAGAGACAAUGGGUGGAAAUGUUAGCAUCUAUGAAAACCACUUCAACUUCAAGUCUCUUCAUUUCCUGCUGAUGGACUCCAUGAGGCUGCUGAAGCCAAAGGAGUGCAAGAACUUUUAUGUUUUUCAAGAUGGCCAACACCAACCACAGAAAGGCUCCACAGUGAGAUUUACAAGUUUCACUUUAGCUUAUUCAGACUAUAAAGAGCUAAAGAGACUUGAAGAUGUCAAUGAGAAUACUAUUUUAAAUCUCACUUCAUGCUUCUUUGUCAACCUGAAAGACUAUGUGUGCGGUCAAGAACAGGAUGAAAUACUCUUGUCUCCAGUAGAAGUUUUCACUGUGGAACAAGUGGAAACAAAAACUACAUCGGAUGGUGACGAAUACCUUGAGAUUGUUUUGAAACAGUCGGGACUGCAAAGCUCACACAACUGUUACAUCUUUUCACGGUAA